GCGGGGUCCAAGGAUGGUGAGCUCUCGUACAUCCACCGUGAACGUCACGUCCACCGUUAACGGUAGCGGCAUAGCCGACGGCGCGGGGAACACGUCGCGCGAAGACGAGAGACGUGCGACGAACGGCGUCGGCGUCCCUCAAGAGUGGAAUCAGAGCGGGCCGCCCUCGCUCUCGAUGUCAGUCGAUCUGCAUAAUUUCGACAGUUCGACUCUCACAGACUCGGGACGUUAUUCCGCGAGCCCGGACGAUCACCAGGCCGCAUCGGCCAAUGCUACCACAAUCAAAAUCGGCUGUCACGACGAAGAGGAGAGCUACGAAGGUUUUGGUUCCGUUGAGGGCGAUUUGGUGGAUGAUGGACCGGAGUCGCCGGGCGGUAGCAGUUCCACGCCCUCGCCAACCGGUACCAACUUGCACAGAAAUCCAAGGAGUCCGAACUCCACCAUUGGAAAACAUUCCUGGUUGCGUACGUCGCUGCGAAGAACGCCUCCUUGUUCGGGCAGAAAGAGGCUCAGUUCUAACGCUUUAGCAAGCCAACUUUAUCGCAGUGGUAGCUUCAACAGUUCCGGAAUGGGCUCGAAUUACGAUGCUACGGACGAUGUGUAUAGUGAUGUAUCCUUGGAGGACGUCAUGGAUCUCAGCCAUAAAGUUCAAAUGAUCCAAGAGCAAAUGGAUGCUUUAGCGGACACUAAGUCAGUCGGUGAGGAAAGGUACACUCGAGCGAAACAAGAAAAUGCAACACUACACGCGCGAAUAUUGAUGCUCGAGGAAGCGGCCAAAGAUGCAGAAACGAGAGCCGAAGAGAGGCUUCAAGCUGAACAACGAAGACAUCGGGAAUGGGCAUCUCGCUUGGAACGUGAACGUCAGUUGCAACUGGAAAACUGUGACAUCAAGCUGCAGGCAGCGGAGCUGGACAAUUCCAGUUUGCGGGAGGAGAUUGCGCGAGUACGCGAACAGCUCGAGACAGCGAGGACGGAUAAAGCGCAGCUCGAGAAUGAUCUCCGGGAGGCCAGAAGGGAAGCGGACGCCGCGCGCGAAAGUGAACGUCAUGCGAUAAGCCGAGCUAACGAGGCUCAUCAUAUGCUUGAUGUUAUGAGAGAAGAACUUUCGUUACGGAACGAGGAUCAGCAGAGGCUUGAAGAACUGGUGCAGCAGGUGGUUCAACUUCAAGCUCGCAAUAAAAGCUUGGAAGAAUCUCGAGACGAACUGCAAGCUGCUGCGGCGUUGCAGGCAGGUCGUGAACUUAUAAUGCUGAAUCCUUGUAAUAAUAACGCUGAAAAGGGUCCUAGUCUUGCUGUGGAAUUGUUAGCCGGCAUGAAUCCAGAUCAGAUAGAUGGCAAAGGAGAGCUCAGUGAACCGUGCACGAUGGCUGAAUUAAAACAAGCCCUAAAGGAGCAGCAAGAAGUGAACUCGCAAUUAAGAACAUACAUCGAUGGAAUAUUAUUGAACAUCGUGGAAAAUUAUCCGCAAUUGUUAGAAGUGAAACAAAUGCACUGAUACAUAGCACAUAAUCCAUCAUUACAUUCUGUUUUAAUGCUUUCAAGGCAGUUGUACAUUAACUUUCUUUUAAUUGAAGAGACUCGAAGGGGCUGCCUAGAACUUGACUAACAUUGAUAUGUUUUACAUAUGAAUAUUUUCGAAUAGUACUUGAAUAUGUAGCGCAAAAGCGCACUUGAAAGUCAAUUGUUAACUAAAAUCAAGCCUUUUUAAAACAAUAGUUCCCGCUUAACGCGAAACUCUAAAAGACGUCCAACUAACUUCGCAGAAGGAGCCUUUUCUAAUUAUAAGUCUAAGACACUUCUUCAGGUUUUUCCCUGUUUAUCUUAUCAGAAUCAAAAUUCGUAUGAUCGUUUAAGCUCUAGGCAGCAACCAUCUCUAUACAUCUAGAAAAAAAAGAGUAAUAAAGUGAUGCUAUUGUAGUUGCAGCGUGUGCAAUGAUACAAAAGGGAGAAUAUUCGACUGGUGUCAUAUCUCUGAGAUGUCAUACCAUUCGCAGAUCUAUGAGCCGUUUUUUUCCACUGCCGUCAAACUUCGUCGCGUUAUUAUCAUCAUUGCCAGAGUGAUGACCAAAUUUCGCUUCUCGGAUUCUUUACAUGUCGGCUGGCCUAAGCACUUUGCUAUACGCGAUAUCUUUAAAGUACUCGUACAUGUUAAUGAUCAUAUGAUUAAUCCGAAUGAAUAUACAGGGUAUUCCCUAAUUAUUGACGCAGCACUCGUAUGCAAAUAGAACGGAAUAAACUAAGUUGAAAAGUUCUAUACUAUUUUUCAAUUUUCGCAACAGUUAACGAGAAAUUAUUUACUAAAAAUCGGCGAAUAGGUUCGGCUUACCGUUAAAUAUAAGCGCGUGGUGAGGAACGGCCAACCUAGCAGUCACUCAGGCUACGUGCGCGAGGAGUUUACUACAAGUGGCAAUAGCUACGCACGAGCGGCGCGUGGUCCUGAACCCGCUCUGAACUAUGAUUAUCCUCCGUCUUUCUUAUUGAAACGAAAUCUUCUAACAGCACAGAAAAAAAUGUAUUUAAAAUUAAAAUAG